AUGCCAGCCCCAAAUUCUACGCUACUUGAAGUCGUCGAAGACUACAACAACUUCAAAAAGACAUCCGAUUACUGGGAAUUCGGUUAUGAAGAUGGAUCGGCCUGGAAGAAACUGGGCGUUGUUACCGCUCACCACGCCGAACUUUUACAAGAGUUGAAACCAAAGUUAGAGAGAUACCUUUUGUUCGACACGGAACAGAAGCCAAGUCGUAUUCGACUGCACGCGGACCAUUUGAAGACUCCGGCCGCUUUCGUUCAAGGACUCAGAAACAUACGAGAUAUCCUUUGCCCAAAAGAGAGUCAACAUGGAGGCAAAUUUCCCCAAGCCGUCAGGGCUGACGAAAAUGAGAUGUGGCCGCUGAGCCUGACCUUUAUCAACAGGUUGCCAAUGUCAACCGGCUUCGUCUGUGGCUUGUCCCCCGUCUUCGGUAUUGUGACUACUGGUGUUCAUCUGAACAUCUACAAACGUGAUAUUAACGAUGAGGAUGAUCCGAAAAAGUUUUGUAUAUUCGUUGCAAGACGUUCGAAUCAGAAGUCAACCUUUCCUGGCAAGUACGAUCAGUGCGCUGCUGGAGGCUAUCAGUACGCAGGUGGGGGUUUCGGCAAAGCUAAAGACACGUCUGCGAAAGAAUGUCUGAAACGGGAAGUGAAAGAGGAAAUAAAUGGUAUAACUGACUUGCUGAAAGACGUCAAGCAAGGUUCUCCGAUACAGUUUGCCGUCCUGCGGGAUAAGAAAUGGGGUGAAGACUUUCUUGGUGCCCCUGAGCUUGGCGUCAAAAUUCCAUUCGACUUGGAAGUGAAGGAAGACCCUAUUUUCAAGCCCAAUCCGAACGAAGUCAAGUCAGUCGAGAAGAAGUCUGUCAGAGAGAUUGUCGAAGAUCUUCUCAAUGACGAAUUCAAGCCAAACUCCGCACUCGUUAUGAUCGAUUUUCUGAUCCGACACCGCUGCCUGGGAAACAUCUCAACUGGCAACGUUUUGGACCAGAUGAAGGAAAAGCUCCGAAAGCACGCAGAUGUCGAUGUUCUUCCUCACUGGAAUCACUGGAAGUGA